AUGAGACUACAAAAGGUGCUUAAGCAGCUGAACAUACCUAUCAUAUGGAUCAGACUGCAAAUAGAAAAGGUGAGAAAGGAGUUGUAUGAAGCUCAAAAGAUUUUAAGUAUCGAUAGAAUAAAUGUCCACAAUAUUGUGGAGGUGAAACACCAUAGUGAAAGCCUAGUGGAGCUUAAUGAGAUUGAAGAAAAGAUGAUGAGACAAAAAGCAAAAAUUGACUGGAUUAGACUAGGAGAUGAAAACAACUCCUAUUUCCAUGCUUCCCUUAAGAGUAAGAAUAGCCAAAAGAAUAUCAAAGCUCUAAAAAUGGAGGAUGGCACAACUGCCACUACUCAAGGGGAGAUGGAACAAGAAAUCCUUACCUUCUAUGGAUUACUCAUGGGAAGUGCUGAGACUACUCUUCAAAGAGUGGAUAUUAUUGCUCUGAGAAAAGGUAGCCAGCUCAGUAGGGAUCAAAGAGCUAUGUUGAUUAGCAGAGUUGAUGAAAAGGAAAUUAAAGAGGCCCUGAAUAACAUAGGAGAUCUAAAAGCCCUAGGGGUGGAUGGGUUUGGUGCUAAGUUCUUCAAGAAAUCUUGGCAAAUUGUUAGGCAAGAUAUUUUGGACACUGUGCAGAACUUCUUCUAA